AACAUUAACUGCCAGCUCACAGAGCCAAUUCUUACAAUGUUGGCCAUCUAUAGUUUUGUUUUCUUAAACUUUCAGUAGCAAGUCGGAGAAUGAAUGAGGGAUGUACUGACGCGUUCACUUGUUAAAGCUUUAAAUGCAUGAGAAUAAAUUGCUCCAAUAAUGUUUUCUAUACAAGUCAUAUUUUGUUUCUCUGCUGGUCAUUAAGAUUCAUGGGUGUCAGUGCUGGUAGUUUUUUUUGAUUUUUUUGCUUUAAUUUUAAUGCCUUGGACUUUGUUUUCAGUCUCCCAGUUAAGUAAAACAUACCUGAGCUCAUGGGCAGCCAGACUUCAUAUUUUUCUGUGUGAUCUAUUUUUUAUUUAAUUAAUUCAAAUUUUGUUUUUGCAUUGUUUCUAAACUGACUUUUAUGUACUUUUAUAUGGAGUGGGUCUUUCUUCUUGUACUUGAUGCCCUAAUUGGUCCACUUGUAAUUAUUUCUGGGUUGGGUGGUGCCGUGGUGGUCCAUUUUCUGUUCUAAGUUGAUGCAGCAGGCAUCGUGAAACUUCCGACCAACAAUAUCCAGUAUAAUACAACUAGCAAGGCAAAUGGGCUUUACUGUGCUAAACUAGCUUGUGUCGAAGAAUGCCGUUUUGGCAUGUACAUCAAGUUGUAUGGCUGAUUCUUGUUUAGGCUUGUGUAAUGGCCUACUCCAAGAAAGAGCACACCCUUUUGCAAAUUUAAGGCAUGUAAUAAAUCAGUUGACAUUGUCGUUGCAUAUCUUGUGGGGUUUAAUUUUUUGGUGAAUAGGUUAUCAGUUUGUUGAAGGUGAGAAACAAAUAGAGGAUGAUGAAUGUCACUUUGUCGUAAGUUGUCCCAUGCUCAGUUUGAUGGAUAAACUGGUGUCAUAACCUUUCCCCUUGGGAUUUUUCAGUUCUCCACUAUUGAGUUCACGCAGUUCAAGCUUCCCCUCACGUUCCAUGUGCAAAUUUUAUGUGGUUUAUUAAAGAGAGAUUAAAUUAGCUCUGACUGUGAGCCUUUCAGUAUCUUGUGUCAAAAGAAGAGAGAGAGAGAGAGAGAGAAGAGAUAAAAUAAAUGCAUGGAAUACAUAAUACAAUGACAACUGAUGUAUAUAAUGUGACGGAGUGUUUUUUUUCCUAUAAUCUUUCUGGCAAAUGAUGUCUAGUGAACACAGUAUGUUCAUCAACUUGAAUACUUGCUGAUGGACCAUGAAGUUCGUCAGGGUUUGAGGCUUUGUUUAAAUGAGAUAUUGGAAAGCUUUUCCUUGGAUAUUAUGUUUUGAGAUUUCCUCAAUACUUUCAAUGACCAGGGUUGCAUCCAUUCUUAUUUUUUGAUAAAUGAUAAUUACGUCAUUAAACAUUAAUAGCAUGAUUUGUUUAAUGGUAGAAUGCUGUCACUAAUGUGCCUAUCAACUGGAUUUGUUCUAUGCUUUCAGCUGAGGAAUCUCCUAUCGGCAACAUCGAAACAUGACGUGUACCUCAUGCAAAACUACUCAGUAAUGCACUGGUCCUCACUUAUGAGGAGGGGCAAAGAAGUACUCAACGUUGCUAAAGCAAUUGUUCCCACCUCGUUUCUACCGCAGAAAUACCCUGGAUCUUUGGCUCAGCCACUCUCGAGGGUGCAGAUAAGCACCAUGGCCGUUAAGGACAAUCUAAUGGUAGCGGGUGGUUUUCAAGGGGAGCUCAUCUGCAAGAAUUUAGAUGAGCCUGGAGUUGCUUUUUGCACAAAAAUAACCACAGAAGAAAAUGCUAUAACUAAUGCGGUGGACAUUUGCCAUGAUCCCAAUGGCUCCCCGAGAGUUAUGACCGCCAACAAUGAUGCUCAAGUCAGAGUUUUUGAUACUCUGAAUUUCACUUGUCUUAACCGCUUCACAUUCCCUUGGUCUGUAAACAACUCAUCUGUUAGUCCUGACGGGAAAUUACUUGCUGUCCUUGGUGACAGUGCAGAAUGCUUGAUUGCUGAUUCACAAUCUGGGAAGGUCCUAAACAAUCUCAAGGGGCACCUGGACUAUUCAUUUGCUUCAGCUUGGCACCCAGAUGGGCGACUUUUGGCAACUGGGAAUCAGGAUACAACUUGCAGAUUGUGGGACAUAAGGAACCUAUCUGAAUCCGUGGCCAUACUUAAGGGAAGGAUGGGCGCUAUUAGAGCCAUAAGGUUUACAUCAGAUGGCCGGUUCAUGGCGAUGGCUGAGCCAGCUGAUUUCAUUCAUAUAUUUGACGCCAAGUCUGACUAUGCCGUGGGGCAAGAGAUUGAUCUGUUCGGGGAAAUUGCUGGAAUCUGCUUCAGCCCUGAUACGGAAGCUCUCUUUGUUGGAGUUGCAGAUCGGACCUAUGGUAGCUUAUUGGAGUUCAACCGGAGACGUUAUAAUCAGUAUCUGGAAUCCAUGUUCUAGCAUAGUGCAGCAUUAGAUGUUGAAUGCACUUGCCCCUGGUGUAGCGUGUCCAGUUGCAGCAGGGCAAAAAGCUGUGUAUAAUUUGCAAGGGUAAAGUUGGAUACCAUCUCUCUCCUUCCAGAAUCAGAGUGCAGCGGUAGAGCAGGUCUUAGGGGUUGCAGCUGCUGAUGCUCAUAAUAGAGGGAAGUUUUUUUUUUUUUUUUUCUUUCUUACAAAGCAGAAAUGGAAAAUUUUUGAAAAUGCGAGGGUUUUUGCGGUUGUCUUGUACAUUCAAAACUAUGAACGGUUAAUUUGUUAUUCAAUUAUACCUUGUGCGGAUUUGUAUUUCUUCUUCUUCAACUACUACUACUACUACUACUAGUGUGUACAUGCAAAUACAGUCAAAUAAAAAAGUUAGAAAAACAGUUGGAAG